AUGAAGAAGGAUCAGAUAGUGCUUGCCGCCAUCUAUCAAGGCAUCCUGGAGGAGACGCUGCGAGCAAUAUCCGAGAAAGAAACUUCCAAGGAGGCAUGGGAGUGCAUCAAGAUGAUGUACCACGGUGCCAAACGCAUCAAGGAUGCUUGUGUUCAAACCCUCAGAGAAGAGUUGGAUGGCUUGCGAAUGAAGAGCACGAAGUCGGUCAAUGACUUCGCAAUGAAGGUGAAUUUCAUCGUCAGUACGAUUCGUGGGCUCGACGACAAGAUGGAGGACUCGUAUGUGGUAAGGAAGAUCCUCAGAGCCACACCAAAUAAGUUCUUGCAGAUUGUCGCUUCAAUUGAGCAAUUCAGUGACCUCGAGACCAUGACAGUCGAGGAGGUCUUCGGUAGGCUCCGGGCGUACGAAGAAAGGUUGAGCGGCAACGACGACGAUGUCAACAUCAAUUCUGAGCAUUUGUUGCUCACCCGAGAGCAAUGGAGGGUUAAGGAGCAGAAGAAUGGUAGUGAAGGCUCCUCCAACAGUGGUGGACGAGGCAACAAGAAUCGGAAAUUCGACAAGGCUAAAGUAAGGUGCUACAAGUGCAAAGAUUAUAGGCACUACCAGUGGGAAUGCGAGGAGUCUAAGAAACAGGAGAAGGCAUUGUUCAUAGCUGCAGAGGAGGAUGACCACCCGACGCUGCUCUAA